AUGGUCACCGUUCCUGAGCAGGAACACUGCGUGGAGAACACUCUGAGCACACCCACGAGCUUCGGAAAAACUGGGGCAACGGGACAGGAGGGAAGAAAUGAUGGAGGAAGCCGGCAGAUAAGAACAGGACACCGACUUAAUUGUAAAACAAUCGAUCACGAGCUGCACGGCCCAGGGAGUCACGCCCCCGGUAACUCGAGCGAGGGACCCGGAAGGAACGCCACCGCCAACAACGAAUUUGACACUAUCGUCCUGCCUGUGCUUUACCUCGUUCUCUUUGUGGCCAGCCUCUUGCUGAACGGUCUGGCAGUGUGGAUCUUCUUCCACAUUAGGAACAAAACCAGCUUCAUAUUUUAUCUCAAAAACAUAGUGGUUGCUGACCUCAUCAUGACGCUGACGUUUCCAUUUCGAAUAGUCCACGACGCAGGAUUUGGACCUUGGUACUUCAAGUUCAUCCUCUGCAGAUACACUUCGGUCUUAUUUUACGCGAACAUGUACACCUCCAUCGUGUUUCUCGGGCUGAUAAGCAUUGAUCGCUACCUGAAGGUGGUCAAGCCAUUUGGGGACUCGCGCAUGUACAGCCUAACCUUCACGAAGGUUCUGUCUGUCUGUGUGUGGGUGAUCACGGCUGUUCUGUCCUUGCCAAACAUCAUUCUCACCAACAGCCAACCAACUAAGGAAAAUAUUCAUGACUGCAUGAAACUUAAAAGUCCCUUGGGAGUCAAAUGGCACAAGGCAGUCGUUUACGUCAACAGCUGCCUGUUCGUGGCUGUGCUGGUGAUACUGAUCGGGUGUUACAUAGCCAUAUCCAGGUACAUCCGUAAAUCCAGCAGGCAGUUCAUAAGCCAGUCAAGCCGAAAGCGAAAACAUAACCAGAGCAUUCGAGUGGUCGUGGCUGUGUUUUUCACCUGCUUUCUACCAUAUCACUUGUGCAGAAUUCCUUUUACUUUUAGUGACUUAGAGAGACUUUUAGAUGACUCUGCACACAGAAUCUUGUAUUACUGCAAAGAAAUGACCCUUUUCUUGUCUGCGUGCAAUGUGUGCUUGGAUCCAAUAAUUUACUUUUUCAUGUGUAGGUCAUUUUCAAGAAGGCUAUUCAAGAAAUCAAAUAUCAGAACUAGGAGCGAAAGCAUCAGAUCCCUGCAAAGUGUGAGAAGAUCAGAAGUUCGCAUAUAUUAUGAUUACACUGAUGUGUAGCAGGACCAAAGGCCACAAGGCCUUCCCUGUUUGUUGAAGUCAAUAUGUACAAAGUGUAAAUAAAUGUUUCUUUUGAUUAUC